AUGGCAUGGUGGUGGCAGCUCCUGCUAGGGCUGUGGACAGUCAUGCCCAUCUGGGCUGGGGACAAGCUGCUCCAUGUCUGCAUGAACACCCAGCACCACAAGCGAGAACCUGGCCCAGAAGACAAGCUCCACAAGGAGUGCAUCCCCUGGAAGGACAGUGCCUGCUGUACAGCCAACACCAGCUGGAAAGCCCACCUGAAUGUGUCUCUGCUCUACAACUUCAGCUUGGUCCACUGUGGAUUGAUGAUGCCGGGCUGCCAGAGGCACUUCAUUCAGGCUGUCUGCUUCUACGAGUGCUCCCCAAACCUGGGGCCUUGGAUCCAGCAGGUGGACCUGAGUGGGCAGGGAGAGAGAAUUUUGGACGCGCCACUGUGCCGGGAGGACUGUGAGCAGUGGUGGGAAGACUGCCGCACAUCUUACACUUGCAAAUCCAACUGGCAUGGUGGCUGGGACUGGAGUGGAGGGAAGAACCGCUGCCCUGCGAGGGCCCGCUGCCACCCUUUCCCCCAUUACUUCCCCACCCCGGCUGACCUGUGUGAGAGGAUUUGGAGCAACUCCUUCAAGGCGAGUCCUGAGCACAGGAACAGUGGUCGGUGUCUGCAGAAGUGGUUCGAGCCUGCCCAGGGCAACCCCAAUGAGGCUGUGGCCCGCCUCUUUGCCAGCCCUGCCUGGUCCUGGGAAUUCUCUCACACUCUCAUGGCCUUCUCUCUCUUCCUGUCGUGUCUUUCCUGA